CGGGCGCCUUCCUGAAAAAGAAGUGGGUCGGGCUCAGCUGAAAAGCAAGCUCAGCACCAGAAGAGGGAGAUUCCUCCGGAACUGGAUGUAAAGAGACCUUUCUGUCUGCAGCUUCCCGGACCCAAUUAGAGGCUGUACCCAGCCUGGUUACCCUGGUAACAGGUGUAGCGGUUUGUCAAGGAACUGAGAGAAGAGACGUAAGAGGCCUAUUCACUGGAAUCAUGGAGUCAUCCUCAAAGGGUCUGCUCAGCCAAGUUACUCAAUUCUGGAACCUCCUAGAUGAUCUGGCUGAAAGUAAUCCUGAGAGCUAUGAGAAGUUCAUUCAACAGCAAUUGAAAGAGGGGAAACAGCUCUGGGCUGCCCCAGAACCACAGCUCUGUCUACAAACCAGGAUCCUGAAACCAAAAGAAAAAAUACUUUUUAUCAACCUAUGUCAGUGGAAAAGGAUCCCAGCUCCCCAGUCAACCACUCAUCCAGUACCUCUAAGUAUUGGAAGACCAGAAGAUAUGUCUGAGACAUCAGAUCUUUACACAGUCAUCGAUGUUGCCUACAAUCCUGAUGUUCUCCAGGCAGCAGAAAAGGACCAAGUGAAAAAAGAUCAAUUAAUAUGGAUGGCCAUGAAAUGCAUUGAGGAGCAACUCCAAUUCACUCUCUCACACUCUUACCAUAUUACCAAAUUUAGAAUAAAAGGAAGCAUUGAAAGGAUGAAACAAAAUCUGAUGGGAAUCCAAACUGACCCCACAGAUUUAAGAGAGAAAAUGAGAAAGGAACUAACCCUUGAACAGAUAAGAAGUAGUACUGUGAGCAAUCCAGAUCACUCUCCUCAACUUUUACUGCCAAAAGACCAAGUUUCGGGCAAAACAGGGUGUCUGAUAGAAGAGAUUUCUAGUGCAGAGAUCCAGGUGGAGAUGAAGACACCAGACUAUGAAUUAAAAAUUGUGGUGGAUCAAAAUGAAAAACCUCUGAAAAUUGAAUUAAAAGUUGAAUUACCUGGUAUUAAUUCAGUAUCUCUCUGUGACCUUCGUGUUUCUGAGGAUGAUUUAUUGAUUGAGGUCUCUGAGAAGUACAGAUUACAUGUGAAUCUUCCAGAAUCUGUGGAUACUGAAAUGACUACAGCAAAAUUUAUCAAAGAGAAAGCUACAUUACUCGUCACGAUGCCGUUGGUCUAAGUCAAGAGCAUCAUGUGUUUUGGGUUUUCAGUGCUCAAGUCAUGUGAGUUAUAGGACCUUCAUUAUGGGUGAAGAGAUAGAGGUUUAUCUUAAACACUAGUUUCAUAUUUUCUAAGAGUUCCUUUUGAUGGAAUGAGAUUUCCUCAUCAGCUGUUAUGUUUUAUCUUUUUUAACUCUCUUCUUCUCAAAUAAACUUGGCAUCAAGCAGAAACUACUAAAAACAGUCUUGCCAUGAUAUACUUGUUUUGAAGAUAUUUGUAAUGGUCUUAAGUAACUUAAAUAUCAUUUGGGAAAUUUUAUGUUUCUAAGUAACGUGAGAAUUUUUGGUUUGCUGGUUGAAAAAAAUUUUUGUCCUUAGUAAAUUUUUGUAUCAGGAAUAAAUCGCAGACUGUGCAAGUUUUUUAUUACCAAGAUGGGCCAUAGCAGUUCAAGUUUCCACCAGCAAUAAAGAUAUAGGGCCAAUGUAAUAAUAUGCAUACCUCUGCUUCUAUGAACCUCUGUACUUGUAUAACACAGUUCUGGCAGGAGUCCAAGCUACCCAGGCCAACCAUUUAAUAUCAGAUAUGGAGUUGUAUGUGGAUUAGAUACAACAAUGCAGUAACAGUAAUUGAAUGUUAUUGCACAUAAGAUAGAAAAUAUAUCCAACUCUAAUUUAAGAAAAAGGAGUUGACUUUGAGACAAGUGCCUUUCUCCUAAGAAAAUAAUUUU